AUGAUCGAAGACUACUUUGCAAUCCAAGUGUUCUUUAUCAUCCUUAGAGAGACUUUGGAGACGGCUAUCAUCGUCUCCGUACUUUUGUCAUUCAUAAAUCAACAGUUUCCGUCGGAAAAUCCUCAUGAAACCGAAACCUACCUCAAAAACCAGCAAACCAAAAAGAAGCUUACUUUCCAAGUUUGGUUUGGGGCUAUUGCUGGGUUAACUAUUUGUCUUAUCAUUGGACUUAUCUUUAUCGUAGCAUUCUAUUAUAUCGGGAAAGAUUACUGGUCAUACACAGAAAGAUUAUGGGAGGGUCUUUUCUCCAUAUUAUCAUCAUUAAUCAUCACCAUUAUGGGUUUAGGAUUAUUAAGAAUCAACAAAGUCAUGAAAGUUAAAUGGUGGAUCAAGCUUGGUGAUGCUUAUACUCAACAAGAUUCCGCCAAAUUACUUGAAGAAGAAGAAGAGACAGAAGACAUGCAAGAAAUGCAUCGUUUAGCCCCUAAACCAAAACAUAGUCACAAAGAAAAAUACUUCUUAAUGAUCUUACCUUUAGUUACAACUUUAAGAGAAGGUUUAGAAGCUGUCGUGUUCAUUGGUGGUAGUGCAGUCACUAACCCACCAUCAUCCAUCCCAUUAUCCAUCAUUUUGGGUGUAGCCUUUGGUUCGGCUAUUGGGUACGGUUUAUACAAAGGAGGUAACAAAUUAUCAUUACAAUACUUCCUUACCCUUUCUACCUGUUUCUUGUACUUAGUGUCAGCCGGGUUAAUGAGUCGUGGGGUAUGGUUCUUAGAAUUAGAACAGUUUGUUAGAAGAUGUGAUGGAAUGGAUGUCAGUGAAACUGGAUCUGGACCUGGAUCUUACGAUAUUGCCAAAAGUGUCUGGCACGUUAAUUGCUGUAACGGAUUAACUGACGGAUGGUGGAUGGUUUUGAAUGCCAUCGUAGGUUGGACUAAUUCUGCAACCUAUGGAUCAGUACUCUCAUACAUUGGGUAUUGGUUAGUAGUAAUUGUAUGGUUAAAGAUUAAAUUGUUAGACGAGAAACAUGGCUACAUCCCCUUCUUGCCAGUAAGAUGGCAGUUGAAGAGAAUCAAAUGGAAGUUGAAGUUGUUGAACCAUAAACCAAGAGAAAGCGAUGCUUUAUUAGAGGAUUAA